GUCCAGCGCGGGUCGCCUGUUGGCUCUGCUGGCUGUGGUCUGCUUCCAACCCAAUGAAGAAGGUGUUUUUCCUGUUGUCAACUUUGGCCCAUGUGCAGAGCUUCAAACUGCACCUGGGUACCACUGCGGCCAGUGUGAAUGCAGUGAAUGGCAGUGUCCAUGAAGGCUGCGAGCCUAUUGAGACACAACUUACGGAGGCUCUGAUGAAGUCCUACUGUGGAAAGAUGAUCACGAACAAGGUGGACCGGAGCCCCGCGACCAAAGCUUGCCUUGACGCAGACACGCCAGCCGUUCGGCUUUCCCUUGCCAAUCAUAUGUUUAAGCAUUGUGGCGCCUGGAACCUUUAUGAUUUCCACCAACCUUCAACACUCUGCUACUACUGGAACGAGCAAGGCAACUGCUUCAAACGCAGUAGCCACUGCCAUCACCACAAGGAAAAAAAAACAGCAGUGGCGCGGAAAGCGACGUUGUGCACAGUUGGCUGCACUCCUGUUCAGACAACUCUGACGGAGGGAGUGAUGAAGUCGUAUUGCUCUCAGUUGGUGGUGGAGGGAGCAGAUCUUUCACCUGGUGCGAAAGGCUGCGAGGAGUCAGAUACCUACUACGUCCGGAGGUCUCUUGCGAACAAGAUGUUCACUCAUUGUGGCGCCCAUUAUUUGUAUGACUAUGAUACACCUAGCGCAGUGUGCUACGAGUGGAACGGCUCUGAAAAAUGCUGGAGUCGAGGCACAGCUUGCAAGACCCACGAGAUGGGGCAGAGGCUGGUGGCUCGGAAGGCCUUGAUGUGCAAGAUUCCUAUGGUCUCAGUACCGAAGAGACGCUGCAAGGGAACUCCAUACACGUACAACGAAGCAAAAGGGUGCAAUGGUUGGAGUUCAUUGACCGAGAAGCAGUGCAUGGAGAAGUGUUCCAGCAACGCGAGGGCCAAGAAUUGCCCCCAGAAGACAUGUCGCGCGGCCGUUUUCUACAAGGACAGCGGUUGGUGCCACCUCUACGACUCCUGCGAAGAGCUGGAAGACUUCGAACGGUCGACUCAUCUUGGGGACAAGGUCCCAAUGAGUCAAGUUGAAGGAAGAGUUUGCAGUGGAUUGCUUCCCUUCACGUACAAUACAGGCGUGGGAUGCGACGGCUGGGGUGGUAUCACCCAGGAGCAGUGUGCUCAGAGAUGUGUUGGCAACCAGCGAGCUCCAAACUGCCCCCAGAAGAUUUGCGUUGCAGCCGUCUUUUACAAAAGCACCGGCUGGUGCCACCUGUACGACGAAUGCAGCCAACUGGAGGCACGAAAAAGUGCCACUCUCAUUGUGCCAGAGGCUUCUACCUGGUGCAAGGGAACCCAGGUUGAAGCUUGGGACUGUGACAAGAUCGAGCAAAGUCGUUGCAGCCAGUCCUUCACCAGGAGCAAAGUCGGCAACUACUUUGUGCAGUGCUCGGUGGCCAGCAACGGCCAGUGCCUGUCUGGGGGCGGUAUAUGCCAAGCGUGAUGCUACUGAUUGUGAUAGCAAGUGGCGAUAUUUGAGGGUGGAUUCCUUCUGACACAGGGUUCAUUGCGUAGCCGAUUCGUUGGAUCAAAGCUAUCCGUUAAAUUAGCCGCAUCGUAUGGCUGCAGCAUGCUGCAGCCUUGUUGCAGCCUUGUCAGCGAGUUUAGUUUCUUGACAAAAAAA